AUGAUAACCAAUGGACCAGCCAAUUUUGAUGUUCUAGAGAAUAUAAAAGAGAAUAUUCUACCUCUUGACGAAGGACGUUCAGCAACAACAUUGGCAAGAAUUUUCUCCAUGCCCACCCAAGAAUUGAAACAAACACAAAUUGAGGAGCGGAAGCUGCUUGAAUUACAAAUCAACAACUGCGAGGACUGCGAUGAUCCCCUAGAACCAUACCUAAACUACAUUCGCUGGAUCAACAAUAAUUUUCCCCAGGGUCCCAAUGUGGCUAAUGGGUUGGUUCCCAUAUUGGAAAAAUGCACUAGUUAUUUCAAAGAUUAUUCCAUCUACAAAAAUGAUCCCCGGUAUAUGAGAAUUUGGGUUUUGUAUGCCAAAUAUUCAGAAAAUUCCAUCAAUGUGUUUGUUUUCCUUCAUAGAAAAGAAAUCGGGAACAUGCUAUCGCUAUAUUACGAGGAAUACGCCAAAGUAUUGGAGUCACAGAAUAGGUUUGACCAAGCUAACCAGGUAUUUCAAAAAGGAUUAUUAAAUGAAGCUAAGCCAGUACGUCGGCUACAGAAUAAAUAUAAUGAGUUUCGACAACGAAUGAUUUCUCAUUCCCAAAACCCUGAUGAAAACCAGGAUAUCACCGACCCAUUCGAUCCAUUUCCAAAACGACAGGCGUUGGCAAUGAAGGGAGGCUACUUAUUGGAUAGAGAAAAUGAACAUAAUUCUGGAGAUGAAGAACAACCAGAACUAGGUACUAGAGUCGAAAAAUCAAAAUUACCGAUCUAUGUUGAUAAUGGUGACGGAGUAGAUACUGAUCCUUUGGGUAGAACCGGAGGUUGGGAUGAUCUUGGUACCAUUGCUAGCAGAACGAAAGAAAACAAACUUAGUGCCACGCCUUGGGUAGGAGAGACCUUGAAACAACAUAAAAGUGCUACUGAAAAGAAAAAACCACCGGAAAAAGUCUUGGUUUAUCGUGAUGGUGAUGCUCGUCAUGACGCCAACGUCCCGGUUUACAAAACUAUUGAAAAUAUCGGGAAAAAUACUGAGAAAUUGGAUGUGAAUCUAGACCUUUUACAUCCAAUGAAUGGUGAGGAAUUUUGUAUUUCUGAAAUUUUGGCGUUGAUGAGAGGGAACUAUGGUACCAAGUACGAUAUCUUGCAAGAAGAAAAAGCCAAAACCGAAAAUGUUGCAAACUCAUUUGGAGAACAAGAUAAUGAGAAUAAUAGUCUCUUGGAAAAAUUGGAUAACCAGGAAAAUUUCGGAUUAGGUUUUGGUGGGAUAAAUGAUGAUGAGGAUGAAUUGAAUGAUUUGUAUUGUCUGGAUGAUGAGAAUGUCCCACAUAAUAUAUUCAAAAACGACAAGGCUACAACAGAACCACUGAAAAUUAGUCCUUCACGCCAGCUAAAAACCAUAACUGGCGAUAUCUCUGUCUUACAGAAAUCAUCUCCCACAGUGACGAUGACCAUGUACUCCAAAGAGGCCAACAAAGAAGUAUAUUCGAUGUUUAAUCAAAAAAUUGGCAAAGUCAAUCUUGAUACUUUUGCCCCCAAAAACCUGGAUGGUGAGGACACCCUUGGAAACAAUCUUGAUGACUUUACUGAACACACUAAUCAUCUCACAGUAUUAAAUAAUUUGCAACCAAAAAAACUAGAAUCAUUCACUCCACUGAGAAACAAAACAGGGGAGAGGAAAGAGAAACCAAAGAUCCAUAUUUUCGAAGAUGAUGAAAUUGAUAAGCUUGGAAAUGAGGUGGCAGAACUUAGUGUUAUUGAGUAUGGUGGUGAACAAGGAGGUGAUGAUGAGUCAGGUCAACAAGUUCCAAAUGAUGAAAAUAAUCCAUUCUUAUUCACUCCUAUAAAACGGCCUUUAAAUGAUACUAGUCGGAAAGGCUCACCGUUUGUUAAAAAGAAAUUGAAAAACUCCGAGGCAACAGGAUCUUUUUUGCUUGAUGAUUUUAUUAAUGAGAAACCAGAACUGUUGAGCGUUAUCGACCCAUUUGAUGAGAAAAAUAAAUCAGAAAUUUUAACCAAAUUACAACCCAAAAUUGACAAAUUGGAAGGGUUUUUCAAAUAUAACUCCAACAAAGGGACAUUCAAAAACCUCAAGCUGCUCGCUUCGUACAAUUCUAACGCUAGUUUACAACAACGGAAAAAGGCUCAUAAGUUUAUUAGUUUUGAAAAAACUGAUGAAUUGAAUAGCAUUAUUAAAGAGUUAGGGUUAGGAGGAUUCGGUAUGGUUUUUCUUGCUGAAUCAUCUAAAGAUGGUGGUCUUAAAGCAUUGAAAGUCCAAUCCCCUGCAAAUCUAUGGGAGUUCUACAUCAUCAAAGAAAUCAAAGAACGUCUCAAAAAUAAGGUUGCCAACAUGCUUUCUUUCUCAAUGAGGCUGGUACUCACCAGGAUAAUGGAGUGUUGCAUUAUCGAUGCCAAAAAGUUGCAUUAUUAUCGUGAUGAAAGUUACUUGAUGUUGGCUUAUGAAAACCAAGGAACUAUCGUGGAUAUGCUAAAUAUCGUCAAAGAAGACGCCAGCUCUAAAGAUUGCGGGAUCCCUGAACUUUUGGUGAUACACCUUAGUAUCGAUCUAAUUAAUAUCAUUCAGGCUCUUCAUGAUAUAAAAAUCCUUCACGGGGAUCUAAAGGCCGACAAUUGUAUGAUAAAGUUCACCAAUACGCUGUCUAGAGCUCCAAUUAUUGAUUCUAGAGAGGCGGCCAGACAGUAUUUGGAUUCAAAGGGAAUAACAUUGGUUGAUUUUGGAAGGGCCAUUGAUUUGACAAUGUUUUCUGAGAAUAUCAAAUUCAAAACAAGUCUACAACAGGUUGACAUCGAGCAAGAUUGUCCGCAGAUCCAAAAUAAUCAGCAAUGGAAAUACGAAAUUGAUUAUUAUGGAUUGGCCAAUAUCAUUCAUACGAUGUUAUUUGGGAAAUAUGCCGAAGUGGUAUUUGAAAAUGAAUCAUACCAUUUGAAAAAUAGGUUCAAGAGAUACUGGAAGUCUGAGCUCUGGGUGCCGUUAUUCGAUUUCUUAUUGAAUCCUGUAAAGUCUAUCGACCGCACUAAUCACAAAAAUCCAGGAAAAAUUUUAAAAGAGCAUAGGAUGCAAUUAGAAACCUACUUGCUUGAUGAGUCCAAUGGUUUCAGAAACGUCAAACUGUUACAAAACGUGAUAUCCGAUCUCGAAUACCAGCUUAAAGAGCAAUUCAAAUAG